AUGAACAACCUUCAGAAAAAAAGAUCUAGUGUCAAAAAACAUGAGUAUCAAAAAUCUGAUACAGGGGAGCAUAAAAAAUCUGAUACAGGGGAGCAUCAACAAGAUGAUACUGGGACAGUAGUGGUUAUUGCAGAACAGUCACUUAACAAGCUUCAAAUUAAAUCAGGAGGACAAGAUCUUGAAGCAUACAAUGGAACAGAAUUUGAAAGAAGUGGCCAGAGGAGGGGAUUUAUCUCCAAAGAUUUUGGAAAAAAGGGUGUAAAGGCAAAGAAGAAAGUUGCAAAGGAUCUUAGUGCAUCACCAGGAGAAGAUAUCUUUGAUUGUCACAUUUUAGUUGAUCAUCCACAACAUUUAGCUCUUAAACUUACUUUAAGAGGGAAUCAGGAUGAGAUGGUAGUCUCAUUGGUUUAUGCAAAAUGCAGUCAAGAGGAGAGAAUGGAGCUGUGGCCUUCUUUGGAGGAUAUUGCUACAACAAUGGUGGUACCAUGGCUAAUAAGUGGUGAUUUCAAUGUGAUAACCUCAGAUGAGGAGAAGUAUGGAGGCUUACCUGUCACAAUUAAUGAAGUACAAGAUUUUAGAGAUUGCGUACAAAGUUGUGGUGUGGCUGAUUUGGGUUUCAAGGGUAGUAAAUUCACAUGCUGGAAUGGUCAAAGUGGAGAUGAUUAUAUUUUUAAGAGGUUGGAUAUAUGCUUGGGUAAUCAUGCUCUGCAAAUGAAAUUCACUGCCAUAGAGAUUUCACAUUUUAUCAGAACUGGGUCUGAUCAUGUCCCUUUACUGAUAUCUUACUUUGGAGAGUCUGUGUCAGUUAAAAAACCCUUUAAAUUUUUAAAUUUUUGGGCUAAACACGAUAGUUUCUUGGAUAUAGUCAGAGCCUUGGUACAAUGGAGCAAGCAGACAUUUGGUAAUAUUUUUCAGGAAAUUGAAACUUUGGAAGAGGUGAUAAAGGAGUUCUGGAAACAAAAAGCUGGAAUGCAGUGGUUUCAAGAUGGGGAUAGGAAUACAAGGUUCUUUCAUGCUUAUGUGCAAGGGAGAAGGAGAAGAUUACAGUUGAAAAGAAUUCAUGAUGCAGAUGGAAAUUGGAUAGAGGAUGCUGAUGCUAUCACUGUGGAAGCUAUUGGAUUCUACCAGAAGCAAUUUACAAAGGAAGAAGACCCCACCUAUUUUGACAUGUUAGAUCAGGUUCCAAGACUGGUGUCUGAGGAGCAGAAUUGGGGAAUUGAACACAUGCCUACAAAGGAGGAAGUAAGAAAUGUGGUUUUUCAAUUAAAUGGAGAAAGUGCUGCAGGGCCAGAUGGUUUACAGGGCUGUUUUUUCAGUCUGAGCAUAGUUGAAAAUGUGCUCCUAACUCAAGAAAUCAUAUAUGAUAUCAGGCUGAGAACUAGGAAUGCUAAAGUAGUUAUGAAAUUGGAUAUGGCAAAGGCAUAUGACAGAGUAUCUUGGUUGUUUUUAACUAAGGUAUUGAGGAAACGUGGAUUUUCUGAAAGAUUGAUUGAUAUGGGGGAUCCUUUAUCACCUACUUUAUUCAUAUUGUCUGCAGAGGUAUUGAGUAAGAAUCUCAAUAAUUUACAUCAUGUACCACAAUUCAAGGGAUUUGGAAUGCAUAAAUGGAGUCCCAUGGUGAAUCAUCUAGCUUCUGCUGAUGAUAUGAUCAUUUUCUCUUCAGCAAAUAUGAUGUCCUUACAGCUUAUAAUGGAAAUUUUGAGGAAGCAUGAGAAAACAUCUGGCCAGAAGAUCAAUAAGGAAAAAAGUUCAGUGUAUAUGCAUAAGAAUGUGGCAGGAGAUGUCAGCAUUACAGUGGAGAUUGCUACUGGUAUAACUAGGAAGGAUUUCCCAUUUAUCUAUCUGGGUUGUCCUAUUUAUCAUAGUAGAAGGAAGAAAGAGUUUUUUAAUGCCAUUCUACUCAAGAUCAUGAACAGACUUUAG